AUGUUUAAUGGAAGGCAAGAAGAAUAUUGUUUGGAUAUUAGGAUUAGCGGUGAAUCCUAUAAACUUCGACAACAACAACAUAUGAUCAGCAAAAGACUUGCAAGAAAUUUUAAUACUCAUGUUGAUACCGAAAGUUCAGCUCAUAAAAUCGAUCAGAUUUGUAAAACGAAUGUUGGUCGCAUGUGGAUGUCAUCGAUGUCGUGA